UUUGGGUAAGGGUGACUCGACUCAUUCAUGGCCUGGACGCUUCCCACGUGUCAUGAAGAAAAAUGAGGCUCAUCAGACGCACAACAUGUUCAUCUCCACAUCAAUAGACGGAAGAUUCCAUCAUGCGAUUCUAUUCUGUACUACUUUCACAGCCACGAGUAUCACCACGUAGCAAUCAUGAAACAGACAGAUUCGAAGCUGAAGCCUGAAGGUAUAGGUUGGGACACAAAAUAAUCCCCUGUACCAUCCCAGCAUCGAGAGCACCACGCAGAAGUGCCACGAUGGUAAGCCGUAGAAUAUCCUCUGCCAUCAGCCUGUGCUUCGCCAUUUUGAUAUCGGCGGCCGAGGGGACAACCUCGUCCAUCCAUGGCACAACCGCAGAGUCUGACAGUCUGCUCGUUUUGGAGCCUCUAGUCUGCUCCUCCAAAGUGUUCGACCUCUCAACUUCAAAUGGCACCACAUUUUCCCCUAGCAACGCUACAUUUGUAUGUACACAUGACGAUGCUGAAGCACCAAGAAUACGGACCCUCUUGGGACAAGUGGGCAGUUGGUACAGUGCAUCCUUAGAGUCCAAUCCAAUAUUGACAAAAGCGACCACAGCGGCAGCAAUGGGGGCAUGUGGGGAUAUCUUUGCUCAAAUGGUAGAAGCCUGGUCGGUAGGAUUUGUCUUUCACUGGAGUGAUCUGCACUUGCGACGAAUCUUUGCCGUUGCGGCAGAAGGAAUGUUUAUUUCCGGCCCCCUCAUGCAUCUCUCUUAUGAACUAUUGGAACAACACUUUCCUGUGUUUGCCGAUGAUGAAGCGGACACCAACUCCACGGAAUAUUCCUCCUGGUUCAUGGUCCUUUGUCAAGUCUUGGUGGAUGCCAUUGUCAUGGAUUCUGUCUUUGUGGCCACUGUUAUUGCCGCCACUGCCGUGCUGGAGGGGCGAGGCAGAGAUCUCAUCAAUGAAUUGAAAGCAACCUACAUUGCCGCCGUCAAAGCCUCAUGGAUCUCGUCCCUGUGCUGGAGCCCCGUGCAACUCUUGUCAUUCAAAUACGUUCCCUUGCAAUUCCGAGUGGCUGCCGUGAAUCUUCAGGAUAUUGCAUGGACAGCUACAAUCAGCUUCGUGGCACAUCGAUGUCACAAUCAGCACCGUACUAUCAUUUCCCAAACCAAGUGCCAAACCGACAAGCAAGCAGAACAAGAUCGCAAAAGAUGAUCGAGUCAAGCUCUGUAUUAGUAGAGCGAACGGCAGCCCUUCCGUGUAACAAAUAACUCUCAUAUUGAUUAGACGGUGUACGUCCAGAUCAACUCCUUCCCUUUCUCUUUGCCUGGCCAUUACAGCGGCA